AUGAAAGGGGUAAAAGGCAGCAUUUUUGUAUUGUUCCUACUACUUUUUAUUUGUUUCCCUGUUCAAGCUGCAUAUUUUUUUGUAAAAGAGGGUGUAGAAAAGUGCUUUGUCGAAAGCGUAGUAAGUAAUGUUGUUAUAACAGCUACCUAUGACAAUUACGGAUUGAAAGAGCUUAAAUGCCUCAUUAACUUUAAAGACCGGGAGGGGAGAGUUUUAAAUUCCCAUGAAGCUUCUCAAGUGAGCAAAGGAAAAGUGUCGUUCUUAACUAAAAAGAAUGGAUUAUACUACAUUUGUAUUUCUUGUCCUGCAUCGAAUUGGUUUAAGAGUACGUCUAUAAAAUGGAGUUUAUCAAUUGAUGUUGGAGGAUCAGAUAUAGAUUUACAGAAUGUAGCUAAAAAAUCAGAACUCAGUGAAACAUUAAAUAUUUUGCUCAACUUAAAGAAGAGAUUUAGUUCUAUGAAGUUGGAGCAGACAUACCAAAAGCAGAUGGCAACCAAUUUGUAUGAGCAUAACCAGGCUGUCCACAAUCAGAUGUUUUAUUUCUACAUAAUAGAAAUUGUAAUACUAGUGGCAAUAACCAUUUAUUCUAUUAUGCACUUAAAGCAAUAUUUUAAAGCGCAGAAGUUAAUGUAG